AUUUUUAGAUAGAGAUGUUUUUGUAAAAUUAUUUUCAGUUUAUGAUCAAUUUAGUUUGUAGAUUUUAUUUUUAAUAUUUUUAUCACAGUGUUUAUGUUAUAAGUGGAUAAGUUUUUUUACAUAUAAAUUAUGCCAGAGUGCGUCACGUGCCCGGCUAUGGCCCCGUGCGCGUUGUCAGCGGGCGUCAAGUGCGGUCCGCAAGAUGGCCGACCCAUGGACAGCAAACAGGAGCGCCCCUGUCCGUGUCGCUCGUGCUGCUGCGGCAAACCCCCACUUGUUAAACCGUGCUACAAGCAGCCCAGGAUACCGGACUCAUACGCGCCGCGUCGCUGCUACAAGGCUCCGUCCGCGCCCGUGGAGUCGUGCACCACGUACAAGCUGUCGUACCUGCCCGUGGACGGCUGCAAGAACCUGCGCGGGGAGGUACGCAAGCCGCCGCCCAACCUCGUGCCAAGCUGCGACCCCAUGGAAUCUUGUACUGUGCAAAAAAUGUCCUUCCUACCCAACCCCGUGUGCGUGACGCAGCCCAUCCGUCCGUGCCACCACGACAUGUGGGGUCAGGGGCCCAUGCAGAACCUGACCACGCAGCGACACGACUACGUGCCCAAGCCGUGUGUACUGCGGGAAAACUUUAAACCGGCCCACAAGUUUCACAGUAUUGAACAACCUUUUGAGAACCGCACUGUGAACAAGCUGUCUUAUCUGCCUCCGGAAAAGGUGGAGAUGGUGAAGUCGUUCGCCCCGGAGCGCUGCUACGAGCGACCCGCCGCUAAGAUGGACGGCUGCACCACGCACAAAAUGAGCUACAUGCCCAAUCAGAUAUUGCCUAAAGAACCCUUGCCGUGGGCCUGUAAAGGUCAGUACCAGAAACCUUGCCAGAAAUUAGAACAAAAUACUACUUACUCUAUGAGUUACCUCGACUCGAACAGCGACUGUCGUCGUCGGGCCAUCCUCCCAUCGAACUGUACAAACCCCGUCACUGCUUCCAAGAGAUUUGAAACGCAGACGAUCUAUAAAAACAGCUUCUUACCCGCGUCCGUGCCCAUCCCUGCGCCGGUGAAGCCUUCACCGAACCUCGUCCCUUCCACCGCUCAAAUGGAGGGAGAUACUGUGCACAAGCUUUCCUUCCUGCCCAACCCCGUGUGCGUGACGCAGCCGAUCCGUCCAUGCCACCACGACAUGUGGGGUCAGGGGCCCAUGCAAAACCUGACCACGCAGCGACACGACUACGUGCCCAAGCCGGCCGCGCUACGGGAGUCUUUCAAACCGGCACACAAGUUCCACAAUGUUGAACAACCUUUUGAAAAUCGUACAGUGAACCGAAUGUCAUACCUCGAUCCUGGGCGGCAGAGUCUACCGGACUCCUACGCACCUCAUAGGUGCUACGAGAAACCCGCUGCAAAAAUGGAUUGCGACACGACCCACAAGAUGUCGUUCCAGCCUGUCUGCGCGCUGGCGCCACAGCGGCCGCCCUGGGCCUGCAAGGGGCAGUAUCAGAAGCCCUGCCAAAAGUUGGACGGCACGACAGUGUACCGCUCAUCCUUCCUGCCGCCUGGUGAAGACUGCACCGAAUACAUGGACCCCUGCGCGUAUGGUGAUUGCAAACCUUGCGAUUGCAUUUGCCCAUCGACAUGCAUUGCCACGGACCCCUGUGCCUGUAAUUUCCCCAAAGCAGAAUGUUGCGGUUAAAGCAAGUAACGAUCAUCUUCGGCGUUCUAAAUUCAAGUCGCUAAGUUCAAAAUGGCGUCAUUCUUUUUUUUCGCUUAACUUUGGCUUUACACAGAUUAGGUAGCAAUGGCGUCAAGGUAAAUUACGGAUAAAGAUCUACUUAUCUAAUGAAAUUGACCUUUUUUGUUGAAAAUCUUGGAACUUGAUAUGAUACUUAGGUGCCAACUAUCUAUAGCAAUUAAUAUCUAGAAUUUGACUUCUAAAGGUGACAUACAAUCAUCAGGUUUUAUAAACUUGUUUUUUAUAUUUUUGGGCGAAAAUUUAACAUUCCAAGCUUAUGAAAUAAACUUGGUCACAUGACAUCGCUUUCGCAACAUGUAAUUGUCAUUUUUAAUAUACGGUAUUUUUGCCUGUAAUUUAGUUUUACUCUACCUACAUCUAAAUUUGUUUUACGUAACUUUAUUUUGUAACCAUAAUUUAUGUUUUAUGUAAUACAACCUUAAUUUAUUAAUAUUGACCAGAGUUUUAUUCUAAACCGUUUAGACUGGUAGGUAGGUAUACUAAAGAGUUUAGAGUCACAAAAAUUUUGUACAAUGUAGUGAUGUAGAUAAUGCUUUGGUUUGGGGCGCCACAAAGAUUUUAUACUAUUAGACAUGUCACUAGCGAUUCGAAACUCAGGCGAACAAAGAUUGCUAAUUGUCUUAAUUUCAUUUAAUCGCAUAGCAAACAACGAAAGUUAUAAGAAAUAAUAU